AUGUCCACCGAAGAGAUUGCUGCGACACUCACAACGCUCGCCGAGGCCGUCUCCAUUGGCCGCUACUGCACGCUCGCUGCCUGGGUCUUGCUCCUGUACGAUCAUAUCAUCCAUCUCGACAAGGAAAUCGAACUCUUUUGGAUGAAACCCUGGAGCUUUGCAAAGGGUCUCUACCUCUUCAAUCGAUAUAGUGCUGCAGUGUUCAUCGGGAUACACGCCAUGAUCUUCCUCAGCCCAAACGUCACAGAUGGCAUGGCAGGUUUAGGCUGGUUUAAAUUCGAAGGUUACACGGGGACAAUUGGCAUCGCCGCGGUCGAGCUCAUUCUUGGGUUCCGCGUCCUUGCUCUAUGGAAUCGUAACAAGAUUAUCACCUUUAUCGUCUAUUUUGCCCUCUUUUGCGAGAUAUCGGCCAUGCUUGGGAUCCUCACUUCGACCUACGUCCACAUGGGUGGUCAGUGCUUUCCCUUUUUCUUCACUGGGCCAUCCCUUCUCACCAUCGGAUUAAACACAGCCGUAUCCACGCCAAUUCCCGGGAUACCAUACAAAGCAUGCCUUCCAUUCAACAUCCCGCCCUACUUUUUCGCAUUUUGGCUACCGCCGCUCGGCUACGAGUCUCUCGUCUUCCUUCUCGCGGCGGCCAAGGGCUAUCAAACGCUCCAUACCGCGUUUGUCGCCACACGGAACGCUGCACGGAUCAAUAUCCCCAUGCCCCGCUUCAGCAUCAGCGGCGAGCGAAGGAGCGAAACGAUUGGGCGUGGGAGUUCCACCGUCGCGAGCGCACAUAACCAUGGUGCCGUCGAGGCGGUCGCGGGCAACGAACGAGGGGAGAAUGGUGGGAUCAUUGGACGAGAAGCAGAAGCUAGAAUCAAGCGCACAACGUUUUUCGCGUUCAAGACGACUGGUUCGCGCUUGCUCGAGGUCAUGAUCCGCGACUCGCUCUGGUACUUUUUACUCAUCUUUGUGUGCGACAUGGUUUGCUCGUUGAUUUGGCUCAAGGGCCCCGACUCGCUCCUCCAAGCCGUUGUGGGUUUUGGUCUCGUCAUUCCCUCCGUCGCAGGCUCGCAUCUGCUUCUCAAUCUUCGCGAUGCAUACUAUCACCCCACGGGCAUCACGACCGCCAGCACCGGUACACGCACUUACGAUCUGCCCACGUUUAAUCGCUCUGUAGACAAUUCGGCCAAGAAUGGCAAAGGGCCGAAGAAGCGCGAUUGGUUCACUCGGAGCGUGGCUGGUGGACGACAGCUUGAUACAGAAUGGGCCCUAGAUCCAGAACAGGACAAGGUCACCCACUUUUCCACCUCGGACCCAGAUCUCAAGCAGCCCGCCAACUUUGAGGACGGCGACAUGCGACUCGAGCCAGUCGCGCGCGUGAAAGACAGUAGCGUUGGAGGAGAGAACAUUGAGCUCGUCAAUGUUUCCAAGUCGCAUUCUACGACUGCUAAUACCUCUCAUUCGCCUAUUGCUCCCGACGCCGUCCCACAACCAUCAGACUCGUCACCUACAAAGGGUCAUCUUCCCCGUCUCUCCCUCGCCAUAGGCAGCUCCAACGCAAAGUCUCAACCACGUUCGCCCCCCACGUCUAGCCAUGGACGUGGAUCCAAGUCGCCUUCUUCACCAUCAGCGACGAGCGCCCGGGGUAUACACAUUACGACCACCACAACGACAGUGGAGGACCUGCCACCACUUUUCGCGCCGCACGACUCGUCAAAAUAUAUCUCCCGCCGUAACAGUGUGCAAGCCAAAUCGAGUGUCUCUCCACCUACAACGCCGAUUAAUGCCCUUUCAACGAAUGGAUAUCCUUCUACGACUCCUCCUGGAAUUCACGGGUCAUCACCCAUAUUGGACGCGUCGACACCACCGCUUUCGUCGGCUCCGCUGCCCAGGGAGUUUGGGACAUAUGGGUUUGGUUCAAACGCUUCUCGGCCUGGGACUGCCAACUCUCGGCCUGGGACCGCCGGGGCGAGAGACAAGCCUAUGGACUGA